AGCACAUUGAAUGCAAUCAUGUCUGGAGAAAUAGAGUAUUGUUCAGCCGGUGCUGAGGCUGAUGGAACUUCCAUCGACACCAUUAUCACUGAGGACGAUGAUGACUCUCAGCUUGACUCCAGCCUCACAACCCCAAGUGUAAGCAUGGACUCUUGCGAGAACUGUUUGAGGAGAGAAAAUCGGGACAAGCAACGAAGGGUGAUGAAGAGACUUGGCUUUGCAGCUGUGCUGUAUUUCCUGUUUAUGGUGGGAGAGAUUGUCGGUGGUUACAUAGCCAAUAGCCUUGCAAUCAUGACUGAUGCCCUCCACAUGUUGACGGACCUCGUUGGCAUCAUUGUGUCUCUGCUGGCCUUGUGGUUGUCACAAAAGCCUCCAAACAAGCGGUUCACCUUUGGAUACCAUCGCUCAGAGGUGGUGGCAGCAGGGAUCAGCGUGUUGCUGAUAUACAUCCUGACCGGGGUGUUGCUGAAUGAGGCGGUGAAGAGGACCGUUAGCCAGGACUUCAGCAUAGACGGAGACGUCAUGCUCAUCACUGCAGCCGUUGGAGUCGCGGUCAAUUUGAUAAUGGGACUUCUCUUAAACCAAAUGGGGCACCUACACUCACACUCCCAUGGACCCCGUCAGCCCGCCCAAACACAGAGUGGUGCCCAUGGGCAUGGCAAGGGGCAGGGGCAGGGGCAGGGGCAGGGGGAGGGCAAUCUAGCCGUCAGGGCAGCAUUCGUCCAUGCCCUCGGAGACCUGGUGCAGAGCGUCGGUGUGCUGAUAGCAGCCUAUGUGGUUCGCUUUAAGCCAGAGUAUAAACUUGCUGACCCAAUAUGCACUUAUGUGUUCUCAAUCCUUGUGCUCUUCACCACCGUGAGAAUCGUAAGGGACACGCUCAUUAUUUUACUGGAAGGGGCGCCUAAGCAUGUGGAUGUGGCAGCCAUCCAGGAAGACCUGCUGAGCUUGGAGGAGGUGCAGGCGGUAGAGGAGCUGAACAUCUGGGCACUGACGGCCGAGAAGACCAUGGCCAUGGCUCACCUGCAGCUCGUGCACUCUAGACGUGGGAGCUGGGAGAGGGUACAGGCUAAGGCCAGAGAUGUCCUGCUGCACUCUCACGCCGUCUCUCACUGCACCAUCCAGAUACAACACUCCCGGCCCCGGGCCCCAAGCACAUGUACUAGCUGCCAACCUCUGAGUUUGUGA